GAUACCUUAACUGGUGCUGAUUACUACCAAGAUGCCGCGAAAGACCGUUCAGCAGUUGGAUGCAUACAUUAAGGCAACAGCCGUCGUGUACGACCACUCCAACGCCAAACUCAUCAGCAGGAAGACUAAAGUCAAACCAAGGAGGAAACAAGCUUUCCUGUCUGUACUGCAUUACAGGAAAACGUCUUCUGAUGAUUGCUGUGCAAAGAGGAGACCAUCAAAACGAUGGAUUCGAAGACAAUCAAAGCAGACACAUGCAAGUCAGAGUAAUACCAAAGACGUAAAACAGAAACUGCAGGUCUUUGUCCGGACUCCCUCCUCACUUAGACCCAAGACACUUUAUUUCGAACUCCACCCCGAAACAUCCGUCUCAUCUCUGAAAGAGGUAAUCCAGAAGAAGACCGGUGUGGAGGCACGACAUCAGCGUCUGUACAUCAGGGAAAACGUCCAGCUUUGUGACUUGCUCACACUUGAGGAGAAUGGCAUCGACAAGGAUAAAAUCAUCUCUCUCCGGCUGUCAGUAGAAGACGCAAAUGAUGACAAUGUACCAAAAGACAAAGCCAACAUUGAUGAUGAGUACCUAAAGGACUUGUCAUCAAAAAUCGAAUCAUCAUGGAAGGAAUUGGCCAAGCACCUAGGAUUUGAAGAAGCGGAAAUUGCAGGCAUCCAAACCACCUACGAAGGCAGCAAUGAAGAGAGCCGUCACAUGCUACUCACUUGGUGGGAAAAGACGACAGAUCGCAACGAAGCAGCUCAGAAGCUGAGACGAGCAUUGGAGGCCAUCGGGUUGUCGGAUUUGGCUCGAAAUGUACUAGUAACGAGUGAAUCGAGGGACGAAGCAUCUGGACCCGAGCCAGAAAGGCGUCAAGAUGCAGGAGUUGACGAGGAGAGCAAACAAAACGGGGCGGCAUCAACCGAGGAAGAAAAACCGAAAAAGAAACAAGUGUGUCAUCAAGACAAGCCUCAGAUUAUGUGGUAA